GCUGACUUGGCUUUUUUUCUCCCCCGGAUUCAACCCUGCCAAGACAGAAUGUCGAUAUGCCUGCGCUUUCUGCCACCGAUGCGGCUGAGACAAUAGCAAAUAGUGUGCUUUUUUCGCGGGCAGCGAAUGAGAGUGGUGAUGCGCUGCAGGUUAUUUGCGCAUGGCCUGUUUCUGGUCAAUAUGGCACUGGUACUCGAGUUCUAUACUACGUUCUCAUUGCUGCAUGUCUUGUCGCGAGGAGGGAAGAAUGGCUCGUGAAUCCUUGUUUGGCCGCUGCGUUGGUGCUGCCAGCCAUUGCCGCUAUUCACGGCAUAGUUUUGACGGCAAUGCACAAUCCUGAUGCGGUCGACAUGGAUAUUUAUGGUGCUUUUCAGCUUUGCGCUAUUGGUAUUCUGGCAGCGCCGGUGACGGUAAUGCUGUCAAAGACAUACUUUAAUGAUCCUGGUCGAAAUACCAUUUUUCUGUGGACAUUUCUGCUAUUGAUUGGUCUUUUGAGUAUGACAAUUGAGUUUUAUCGCAUCGAAACUCACUCCUGUUCAACCGACGCAUCAGGCAACCCGGUAUCACCAAACGCAUCAAAGUUUCACUACAUCGAAGGAAACGACUGUAACCUGACCUGUUCCACGCAAAACGGGCCAUCAUCUCCAAUGCGAGGCGGAUCCGCGAACAACAUCUAUGUCAUACCAGCGCCGCAUACCCUCACAUUCGGUACCGCGACUUUACUCGCUGCAGCAUGUUGCGUACACGCUGUUCUAUGUCUCAUUUCUAUGUGGGAUAGAGUGCUUGAAAUCAAUUGGCGCCGAAGAUUCGGAAAACAGAACCACGACGCGGCAAGUGAAGAUGAUGAAAGUGCUAACAAGGGCGUUAUGAAGGUCAACGAUACUAUUGGCUUCUUCCUUCGUAUCCUAGCAAUCCCCGUUUUUGGUGGCGCUGGUUUGGCUAUACUUAUUGUGGGCGAGAUUAACUUUUUCAGCCCUCAAGUUAACUACCAGACUGAGCCAAUGGCCAAUAUCGGCCAAUGGGCGCCUAUUACCGGUACUGCGAUGGCCAUGGUCGGUUCGCUUUAUCUCCUUGUAGCAAGACACGCCGAUCAAGCAGGCGAACCAUAUCUGUCGCAUCAUUGCAAUUGUUCUCAUUGUCACUUUAACGAUGACAUAAGCCAAGUCUCUCACCAAGAGAGUAUUUCUUCACUGAAUAGCCAUCAUAUCACAUUAACUGUCACAAACACCGAUACUCGUACGAAUAACCAACUCUCACCGCACCUCGAUCCAACUCAACCACGGUCUUCAAUCUCCUCCCGACUUCGAGACCCCUCAGUUUACGAAGAGCACAACCAACCCCCCCGCAACCCCUACAGACAGAAAAUAGAGAAUGCAUUCUUCAGAUUCGGCGAGAUGAUUGGUACCCCAGCGCAUGACUUCAUCACCGAGCCUAAAGUCAAAAGACCAGAUCGUGUUGAUCUACCGAUGAUACCAGGGGAAGAGUUUCGAAAUGUGCGUGUAUCUGCUGUUGAAAUUGAGAGAGAUCAACACCAAGAUGAUGAGUUGAGUCCUAUCUACGUCAAUGCCUAUAUCAGCGCCGCCACUUGCUGUGACAAGACCGAGGUCGAGUACAAGUCCUAG